AAGAAAGUUUACAGUAAGAAGCGGAACUGUGACUAUGCCAUGAAGAUCUUCUGUAAAUUGAAAGCUCCCGACAUCGUCAAGAAACAAUUCUUCCCGCGCGAGAUUCUCAUCCUCAAGAAACUUUGUCAUGAUCAUGUGUUAGGUGUGAUUGAGGUACUACUAACCAAUCGUAAAGGCUUCAUCCUCAUGGAUUACAUGCCUAAUGGCGAUCUUCGUUCAUAUAUCAACAAACAAGACCAUGGUCAUCUAUCUGAACCUGAGGCUCGAUUUCUGUAUCAUCAGCUGCAGUCGGCCAUCACAUAUCUUCAUUCUAUCGACAUCGUUCACCGUGACGUCAAGUGUGGCAACCUCCUACUCGACGAGGAUUAUCGAUUGAAGUUAUGCGACUUUGGGUUUGCAAUUACGUGUGCAGAUGGAGAGAAGCUAACGGAAGCAUGUGGGUCGAUGGGAUAUGUAGCUCCAGAGAUAUUAGAAGGUGAUCCGUAUGAAGGAAAACCUACUGAUUUAUGGAGUAUGGGUGUGACGUUGUAUGCUAUGAUAUGUGGACGUCUGCCGUACCACGAAGAUUCUCUAGACAUCCUUCUGGAUUCUAUCUACAACAGACAAGAGAAACUAUGCUUCCCAAACUCUGUCUCAAAAGAUUGUCGCGUCUUUGUUCAUGCACUGCUCGUCCCCGAUCCCCAAAGGAGAGCCAAACUGAGUGACCUUGGUAAAAUGGAGUGGUUAGCACACCCAACCAUCACAGCAAAUACACUCAUGACGUCAGCACCUACUAUGACGUCACAAUACAAAAGCGGAGUUGUUGGCGAAGGAUGUGUACCUGCUUCAUCGGGUGCAUCCCUUGAUGCGAUGUUACAAUCGUGCAGCAAGAAGGGUAGACAUACCGUAUCAUUGGAUACCAGUGUGGAGCAUGGGUUUUCUGAAUCACAAAAAGAGGCGGGAAAGAAGGCUGGAGGGAGUGCCGUCGUUACGGACGUGUUGAAAGCAGUGGCUAUCAGACAUGCAACGGGAGAGAGUCCAAUGAGCGUCCAUAAAAAUCUGGACACGCCUAUUGGCCACGGACCUCAUAAUUUUGCACCCGACACUAUAGGAUUAAAGGGACCCGCUGCACGCAGGAUCAGUGUACAACUCAGUCAAACUAAUAUCAAUUUGAAUCAAACUCACCUACAACAUCACAACCCUCAUCCGACGUCGGCGUUGAAAGCCAGCGUCACCAGAGUUCAUACUGGCGGUGGCGUCGGCGGAGCGGCACGCCGUCAAAGCCUAGCUCCGCGUAAAGCAUGCUGGCAGACCGAGAGCCGCACCGCCGGCGUUGCAGUAUCGCGGAAGAACAGUCUACUGAUGCAGACGGCGAAUUCGACGCGGUUGUCCAAUUUACGACGCGGUUCAAUCGCUCUUCACAGUGGUAAACUACAACCGGGCGGUUCAACAAUCAAUCUAUCAUCAGUUGAUUUGACUUCAUAUAAUAUUCGUGCUCAGGAAAAGGAUCGAGAGCAUGAGCUACACGAUCUCCAGUAUUCUACCGGGUCAAAGAUUGCUCAUCUUGCCGGAGCAAAGCACCAUCGGGAAGCCGAAACUACCCGAAGAAACUCGAUCUUCACCGAAGACAUGAAGGCUCGGCAGAUGCCAAACGCGAUGAAACCCGAAGAGCAAGAAAUUGUGAAUUCUUUCCGAUCGCAGUGUGAGCACAUGAAGCACCUCACUGCAUAAUAUGACAUUAUACAGCAAACUAUCACCACUGCACAUUACCCCCCCCCCCCGGAAAAAAAAACACAAAAUGGGAAGGGCUCGAAAAUUUACUGCUCCUGUGACAGUCUUACUGAAGUGGGCUAUAGGACAGAAGCAGAUAUUUAUUCAUUGAUUAAAUAAUCAAUGAGUUUUCCUAUUGUACCAGUAAAAUUCAUACUUGACCAUGAACAUUUCAUUCUUUUAGAAUUUUUCAUUUUGUAGCUUUUGGCCCAUCACCAGUGACUAAUAAAACUAUUAUUUGAAAUGUG